AGUCACAGCCAAAAAAAUUUUUUUAGGGGGGCAAUUACCCCCUCUCGCUCCUAUGCCGGCCCGCCCAUGUCUGUCAUAUAUAUAUAUAUAUACGCCUGGAAAAAAUAAGCUUUAGUCUAUAUUUUGGGGAUAUCGUUAUCAUAGCAGCGUAUUUUUAAAGAAAUAAUGAUAUAUUCUGAAAGCUCGUGGAGUUCUCUAUCAGCCUGUAUAUUUGCCUUUUCGUUUAAUAUAUAUGUAUUACCAAAAAAAGAUUGUGUGUAAUGAAGGCACCCUCAUGUUCAGUUUCCCACAGGCUUGAUUUUGUCACUGUCUCCAAAAUUAGUUUUUAAAACAUUUCAUCACUAUAGAAUUAUCUUCUGAAAAAAGUAAUUAUAUAAUCUGACAGAGCUUGAAAUUCUUCAUCACCCUGUAUAUUUUCUUUUUUCCUUAUAUUCAUUUAUCGAAAAGAAAAUUUGAUUACAGUGAAGGCACCGUCAAUUGGCAAGUAUAAAAAAUGUGCAUUUUUCUUUGCUUAUGGGGUUCUCUUUUUAAAUGUAUUAUUCUUAUGAAAAAAUUUAUUUUUAAAAAGCAAUCACAGAUUUUUAUAGAGCUUGAAAUUCUCUAUCAUCCUGUAUAUUUGUUAAUUAUUUUGCAGUUAUGUACUGUUUACGACCAUUACAUUGUAUAUGUUUAUGCAUUGUAAUGUGGCUUAAUAAUAUCAAAAUAAUAAUGUAACAUUAUAUUAAGAUAGUGGUGACAUCUACGAUUUAACGAAACUAACAGUUACAUAUAAAAGUAAAUUAACUAAAACGAAAAUUUUUUAUUAUUAUUAAAUUUUAUUUUAAUAUAAUAGAUUUAUUCAAUGGAGUUUUAUUUUCAAGGAUAUUGCAAUAGAAAAAUGAUUGGUUCAUUGAAAUACAACUCGAAAGAGGCAUAAUUUGUUGUUUUUUUUUAACAAAGAGGCUCUCGUAUUAUAGAAGUUGCUUUAAAAUAUUUGGUUUCGAUUUUGUGAGCAGUAAGAAUUUUCGUUUGUUUAUUACUUUUAUAAAAAAUUACAAUUCUAUCAAUUGGUAACUAUUGUCGAUUGACCACGGAAGAUCUUUUAUUUUCUGUAUAUAAAGCUGUUUACUUUCGUGUCAGGGGACUAGUUUAUUUAUAUAGAAAUCAACAAAAAAGCAGAUGAGACAGGACUGAGAUAAACUGAUCUUGUCAGUAAUCUUGAUAAGAAAGCGUUGGAAAUAAUUAGAAAACAAAUAUUUUCUAUUAUGCUCAGGUUUUACAUGAACUAUCAAACAGAUCGGCUUACAUAUCAUAUUGACGAGGGUGACAUUCAAUGUUUGUUGGAAUUGUAUUAGUAUCAUACAAGACUUCUUCUAACUUUCGCGAAGUAAAAUAAAAUAUUCUUUUUCACACCAUAAAAUAAAACACAUCAAUUAGACAUUAAAAAUCAACUAAGAGAAAAUUGAAUACUUCUUAACAAGUUUAUAAGAAUAUAAGAAAAAUUCUUAUUAAUUAAUUAUUUAAAUCUACUUCAGAUAUUUUAUCAUCUCGAUCGUUGGAAUAUUUGAUCAUAUAAGGUAUUUAUAUUAACAUUGAUUAAUGUUUAAAAAUAUGCUCAAUGAUGAUAAAUUUACCGACAGAUAUAAACUGUUGACUAAUCACCAAGUUUUCCCUGAGAGCAUUGAAAUAUUUUCUUUACAUUCCUACAUACUUUUUAAAUCAUUUAGAUGCCUUCACAUAAGACACUUAAAAUAAAAAAAGUUCUUGCCAAAAAACAGAAACAAAAUCGACCUGUUCCACAAUGGAUUCGUAUGCGUACUGGUAAUACAAUUCGAUAUAACUCAAAACGACGUCACUUUCGUCGUACCAAACUUAAAUUAUAA